CAGGUUGGAAUGAGAAGGUCCUCCCACCCCCGUGAGCUCAGCUCCACCAUAAAAGCAGGACUACCUUUCAGUCAGACACUCAGAGGGACUUGACUCUCCUUUGAAGGCUCCACAUCUUCAGUUCUCUGCUCAGCCGUGACAGCACAAACAACCCACAAAAUGAUUUCUGCAAGGAAGUCCUACUCCGUCUCAGGUGGCUCCUCAAUGUCCAGAAGGUCCCUCGCAGGACCCUCGACUGGCUACAGCAUGAAGAGAACCAGCUACAAUAUCGGUUCCACAGCUGGUGGUUUCGGAGGUUCCAUGAGUAUUGGCAUGGGUGGCGGCAUGGUUGGGGGCUAUGGCGGCUCCAUGAGCUCCAGCUCGUUGAUGGGUGGUAAUUAUGGAUCCGCAGGCUUCAUGCCUGGCCAAAUCACCGCCGUCACAGUCAACUCGAGCCUGCUGGCCCCCUUGAACCUGGAUAUUGACCCGUCCAUCCAGGCUGUCCGCACCCAGGAGAAGGAGCAGAUCAAGACCCUCAACAACCGCUUUGCCUCCUUCAUUGACAAGGUACGUUUCCUGGAGCAGCAGAACAAGAUGCUGGAGACCAAGUGGAGCCUCCUGCAGGAACAGACCACCACCCGCUCUAACAUCGACGCCAUGUUCGAAGCCUACAUCGCCAACCUGCGCAGGCAACUCGAUGGGCUGGGCAACGAGAAGAUCAAGCUGGACGGAGAACUGAAGAACAUGCAGGGCAUGGUGGAGGACUUCAAGAGAAAGUAUGAAGAUGAAAUCCAGAAACGCACAGCUGCAGAGAACGAGUUUGUUCUCCUGAAGAAGGACGUUGACGCUGCCUACAUGAACAAGGUGGAGCUGGAGGCCAAAUGCGAUGCUCUUCAGGAUGAAAUCAACUUCCUGAGGGCCGUCUACGAGGCCGAGCUCCGUGAGCUGCAGUCCCAGAUCAAGGACACCUCCGUCAUUGUGGAGAUGGACAACAGCCGUAACCUGGACAUGGAUUCCAUCGUGGCGGAAGUGCGUGCUCAGUAUGAGGACAUCGCCAACCGCAGCAAGGCCGACGCAGAGUCCUGGUACAAACAGAAGUACGAGGAGAUGCAGUCCUCUGCUGGACAGUACGGUGAUGACCUCCGCACAACCAAGGCUGAGAUUGCUGAGCUGAACCGCAUGAUUGCCCGUCUUCAGAACGAGAUUGAGGCCGUCAAGGCCCAGAGGGCCAGCCUUGAGGCCCAGAUCGCAGAGGCUGAGGAGCGCGGUGAGCUGGCAGUGAAGGAUGCCAAGCUCCGCAUCAAGGAUCUGGAGGAGGCUCUCCAGAGAGCUAAGCAGGACAUGGCCCGCCAGGUGCGUGAAUACCAGGAGCUGAUGAACGUCAAGAUGGCCCUGGACAUUGAAAUCGCCACCUACAGGAAACUGCUGGAAGGAGAGGAGUACAGACUGGCCAGCGGACCCUCAAAUACAACCAUCCACGUGCAGCAGAGCUCAGGAGGCGGAUUCUCCAGUUCCAGCUCUGCUGCUGGCGGAUUCGGCUACAGCGGCAGCAGUGGCAGCAUGUCUAGUGGUGGUUAUGGCGGCAACCUGUCUGGUGGUUAUGGCUCUGUCACCAAAUCGUCAGUCACCACCACCAGCAGUUCCAGAAGAUACAUUUAAGAAGGAGAGCAGUCCCUCUUCUCUUUCUGAAACUCUUCAAUUUGACCAAAAUCUGUGGACCGCAUCUCGGUGCAACGCAAUAUCGACAAACAGCCUUAAAAUACGAGAUUUCCAAAAAUGCUAAGAGUAAAGAUAAAAGACUGGCCUGUGUUACACUGCCACCAGUUGUGUUCCAAGAAUCACUGGGUCCGUUUAGAACGUGUAGGUAACCAUCCAUCGUCAUUUAAGAGUUCCUGAAAGUAAACGUGGUCAGGUCAGUUGCGAUGCAAAGUGGGUCUUCCUUCGGCACUGACAUCCAAGACAUUGGAAUGGCAACAAAAGGCAAUGGCGGCUUAAAAUAAGCAAGGGAAAUAUUUGCAUAUCCACGCACUAUUUUGUGCAACAGAUCAAGUGCUCUGAAAUAGACGGACAGAUAGAACCAUGCUCCGAUUCCUCGACACAAGUCUCCAAUUCCCUCCAGUAAAAACAGCAAUUCUUGUCAUCUCUCGUAAUCCAACCGAUGGAGGCAGGAAGCGGGAAUACUACAUGUUUACAACUAAGGUGCAGGCUUUGAAUAAAAUGGUUACUACCUUGUUUGUCUUUGUGGGUCUGCCAAAUAGUUACCUUCUUUAUGUAAGACCUCAUUGCCACGAUGCUUCCAUGAUGUUGACACCGGAUUGUUUUUGUUAAGGCCUCUUUGCAACAUGACAGAUGACAGUUGCCACAAAUAACAUCAGCAAUAAACCUGAGUACCCAA